AUCUGACCAAAUCUGACAUCCCUACUGGAUGCUGCUGGGUUAGUGAGUUCUGCAAAGAGCAGUGUGCAGAAAUAUAUUCGUCUGAUUCGUUUUAUUGAAGAACUGUAGGGAUCUUCCCACUAAACGCCACAAUCAUGAAGAUGCAAGGAUUAAGUUUUACGAGCAUGAUGAAGCAUCCAGCUCUGCUCCCAUUGUAUUUUUGCGUAGGCCUAGGAGGCUGUGGUGCGGCAUUCUACAUAUUCCGUCUAGCAGCACGUAACCCCGAUGUUUCCUGGCUAAACAAGAAGGAGUCUGAACCAUGGAAUUACUAUAAAAAUAAGCAAUAUAAGUUCUAUGCAACAAACGAUGAAAUCAAGAAUGCGAAGAGUCAGGCGCCAGAAUAUUGAACUAUAAUAUGUAAACUAGUAUUUGUUAUAGGAAUAAAUUGUUAUAUAAAUUACUACCUUUAAGAA